AUGAGUUUCUUAUCCUUGAAACAGCUCCUUCAGUUCUCGACACUUCCUUCUGAAAACUUAUCAAAUGAGAAUUCGUUAUCGUUGACAUCUCUAUCUUCAGCAUCAUCGACUCAGGUUAGUAGCAACAUUGAUCUGUUAAGACAAAUUCUAGUGUGUUUACCAGUGAAAUCCCUGCUCAAAUUCAAAUCUAUAUCAAAAGAAUGGCUUUCUAUAAUUUCCAGCCAGGAUUUCAUUCGUGAUCAUUACCUAGUUCGAAACCGCAGUUUCCCGUUAGUCCCUCGAUUAUUCAUUCUACAAGUGACUGUGGGCUUCUCGCCCAAAAGUUCUAAAAUUAAAUCUUAUUAUGGGAGACAACCUUCUGGAAUUAUUCCCUUUAAAACUUUCGUUUUCUUCCUUCAUGAAAGAAAAUUCAGCAAAUCAUCAGCCGCAUUUGAGACCCUUGCUUUCAACAAUGAUCCAUCAGAUAUAAAAAUCAUUCACUCUUGUAAUGGUUUAUUCAUUUGUAGGAGCUACAGAACAUAUUACGGUGAUUUCAAUUAUGACGUAUAUAAUCCUUCAACAAAGUGUUUCAAACCUCUUCAUCCAUCUCCGUUUAGAAAAUCAAGCGUUUUAAAAAGGAUUUGCAGCGUUAACAUGGUUUUCGAUCCCCUUAGAUCAAAUUACUAUGAAGUUAUAUUUAUUUGGAGUUCCAAUGAUGGAGAUACGUUUCAGAUUGAAACAUACUCUUCGAAAACAGGUUCCUGGAGAUUACACCGAGAUGGGUUCUCUGCACCAGUGAAUAUGUUUUGUAGUCCUGCUGGUGUGUUUUGGAAUGGUUCGCUUCAUUGGAUUAACAGAGAGUGUUCGUUAUAUUUUAAUGCCAGUCAAGAAUCGCUAAAGACAAUGCCAUCACCACCAAUACCUGCUGAUGGAUUUGACAGUAAGAAGGUUAAAUGUGAGUAUUUUGGAGCGUGCAAUGGACAUAUGUAUUUUGUGGAGGUUCAUCAUUCUAAUCCAACACAAUUCGAUAUCUUGGAAAUGGAUAUCGAUUACACAGGCUGGACUGUGAAGUAUCAUGUCGAUCUUCAAGAACUGGCAAUUGCCUACCCAAAAAUGGUUCGAGCAGAUUAUGAUUUUUCUAUACUGCUUAUCGAAGAAGAUGAUGUAUCGUCAAAUAUAUUGAUAAAUAUACCAGAUAAAAUUAUAUCUUACGACCUUAAGGAAAUGAGCUUCAAGAAACUGCACGAUUUGCCAAGCAUUCCUACCGGUGGUGCUCAAGUUACAGCUCCAAGAUAUAGUGCUUACCGAUACGAUGAAUCCCUUGCCUGUGUUUGA